AUGAAUGAGUCAAAAGGUUAUUCGUUACCUUAUUCCAGAGGUACACAUGAAGAUAUCGGAACAGAACAUUCACGAGAUGAGAAUUAUACCAAUACUUUCAAACCAAAUAAAAAUAAAUCAUUACUUGGCCAACUCACGAAUUUCAUAGAAUCUUAUAUCAAUCAAUUAACUGAGUGGUCACUUAGACAUAAGAAAACAUGUCUCUUAUUAGUCACAUUAUUCUUCUUGUCAAUGUUUACAAAUACCCCAUUUAUACCUCAUUUCCAACCAAAAGCUCCCAAAGUGGUAAUUAUAUUAGCUGCUAAUGAAGGUGGUGGUGUAUUAAAAUGGAAAUCCCCACAAGAAUGGUCAGUGGAAAGAUCAUCAAUUGCUAACAAAAAAAACUAUGCCAAGAGACAUGGAUAUGGAUUAGCUAUUAAAGAUAUGACUAUCAAAAAGAGAUAUUCUCAUGAAUGGAGAGAAAGUUGGGAAAAAGUUGAUAUUAUGAAACAAACAAUGAGACAAUAUCCCAAUACUGAAUGGUUUUGGUGGUUAGAUUUACAUACAUAUAUUAUGGACCCAUCAAUCUCAUUAGAAGAUCAUUUCUUGAAUGAUUUGGAGAAUGUAACUUAUAGAACCUUGGAACAUUUUAAUCCUCUUGGAUUACGUCCUGAUAUUCCAUAUGUUGAUUAUAAUCAACCUAUUGAUAUGAUUAUUACUCAAGAUUGUGGUGGAUUUAAUUUAGGUUCUUUCUUGAUGAGAAGAUCAAGUUGGACAGAAAUGUUAUUAGAUAUUUGGUGGGAUCCAGCAUUGUAUGAACAAAUGCAUAUGCAAUGGGAACAUAAAGAACAAGAUGCAUUAGAAACAUUGUAUUCCACCCAACCUUGGAUUAGAGAAAGAGUCGGGUUUUUACCAUUGAGAAAGAUUAAUGCAUUCCCACCGGGGGCAUGUUCUGAUAAAGCUGAUGAUCCUCAAUAUUUCUAUAAAAAUCAUGAUUUUGUCAUUAAUAUGGCCGGAUGUGAAUGGGGGAGAGAUUGUUGGGGUGAAAUGGAACAUUAUAAAGCAUUGUCAAAGAAACUCCAAAGGAGAUGGUGGAAGUUUUGGUAA